AUGGAAGAUGCCCCGGCAGAAGAGGCCUUUGAAGAGGAGCUGCUGCCGGAAGAGUCGCUCGAGAACGAAGAGGCUCCCAUGGACGGCAGUUUCGACGAGCUGCCGGAAGAGGGCGAGGAGCUUCUCGAAGAAGCAGCGGGCGAAGCAGAUGCCGAUGCCGAUGCCGGCGCAGAGACCUUCGAAGAGCUCGAAGGGGGCGAGGCUGAAGUGCCUGAGGAGGCGCCGAAGUGGCUUAAAGACGCUUUCCAGCCGCGGCGGGAAGGCAGGCUUGCUCUCUGCCUGCGACAGAAGCUGAAAGACGACAGCGAUGCUCAGCUCUUUUGCGCCGAGCUCGACCGACGAAUAGAGGAGGCGGCGGAAAAGGCAGAAACCCUCAAGUUCGAAGACUUCGACAUCUCGCAGAAUGCCAUUCCGACGGAGCACUUAGAGACAAUGUUUAACAGCAUCUCCUCGCCCUCCAUUCACAUCGAACGUUUGCGAGCCUUUGGCAUCGCCACUUUCGAUGACACAGCUGCGAUCUUGCUAUCUGGGUGGCUGCAAGGGGUCACCUCCUCGAAUGUUCCGCACGAGAUGCACCUCAGUGAUUGCGCGCUGACAGCUGUGGGCUUCCGCGCCAUCAUGGAUGCACUGACCGACAAUGACGUUUUUCCUGCAACGGACCCUCGCAACCCGCAGCGCGGGCAGCUGCCAAUUUACAUGCGAGUGGAGGGCAACUACAUCGAGUCUUCUGCCCUUAAGACUGCGGUGGAAAACGGUGUGGCGAUCACCUUCACCAAGAACGGCGGCAUGGGCCACUCCGACACGGCGAAGUGUCGGUUGCUGGUCCGAAGCGAAGACCACUCCUUCGCGCAGAAGGAGGGUGAGCCGCCGGCGCCCGAAGAUGCCGCGCCACCGAAGCCCGUUCGAGAGAAGGGCAAAGGUGGCAAAGGCAAGGGCGCGAAGGGCAAAUCGAAGGAGAAGGGCUGGAAGGGGAACAGCAGCGGCAAGGGCAAAGGCUCUGGCCAGACUAUGUCCAAGGGCUCUGCUAGUGGAGUCAAGGGCAAGACGGCCUCAAAGUCGCAGGCCCAUCGGUCCUGGCAGGCCCACGACAAGUCCGACUGGAAACCCAAGGGCAAGGCAGAUUCCUACAAUAGAGACGAGCAGUGGUCUCCCCGACGGGUUUACAAGGACUCCGAGCGAGAUGGUUACAAGUCCAAGCAGGACCAGUACAGGAACGGCCAGUCAAAGCAGGGCUCAAAUCAAGGCUCCAGCUCAAAGUGGAGCAACUGGGAGGAGAAGGACAAGUGGAAGAACAACUGGAAGGACAACGCCCCAUCGUGGAAGAAAGAUGACUGGAAGAAGGAUGACUGGAAGAAGGAGGACUGGAAAAAGGACGACUGGAAAAAGGAUGAUUGGAAGAAGGAUGACUGGAAGAAAGAUAGCUGGAAGAAAGAUGGCUGGGAGUCCAAAAGCAGCUCUUGGUCCAAGGAUGACCAGUGGAAGUCCCGAGACGACAGCUCCAGCGGCAAAAGCGCAGGGAAAGGCACAGCCGGCAAGGGCAAGUCAAAGUCUGGUUCUGCUCGUCCAGCACUUCCGGCGCCGACGAAGCUCGCAAACCCCUCCACGAGGAAGAGCAGCAUCAGCGAGGAGGAGCGCAGCCAGCGCUUCUCUGGAGCCAAAGGCAAAAGCAAGGGGAAAGGCUCUUCCAAGUCCGCAUCCACGAGCUUCCGAGAGCCAGCUGGCCAGCAGGUUCGGAAACGCGAGUACGAUUCCGACCCUGGGGGCCCUGCGAAGCGAGCGAGGACUGGCCCCGCGCCGUCCACCGGUAAGGGUGGCAAGGACGGAAAAGGCAGCAAGGGUGGCAAGGAAGGCAAAGGCAAGGGUGGCAAGAGCGGCAAGGGCAAGAGUGGCAAGUCGGAUAAGCUGCCGGAGGGUUGGGAGGAGCACUGGAGCGAGCAGUAUUCUCAGCCCUUCUUCUGGAAUACGACGACUGGAGACUCGACUUGGGAGCGGCCCAAAGCCUGA